CCAGCCAGGGGAGUGACAGCGAGUGACAGCCAGUGCACAUGGCUGGGGACACCGGGAUUGCAGGGAAGGUGGCACUGCUCCUGUGGGCCCAGACCCUCGGCCUCGCUGGCAUCCAGACCACCCAGAUCCUCGUGGAACCCCCCUGGAGACCGCCAGUGCUGUGGGACCAGGUGACACUGACCUGCCAGGGCUUGGGGACCGCUGGUGCCACCACCUGGUACAAGGACGGGCGGCGCUGGUGGCAGGAGAGGCACGACCGCCUCAAUGUCACAGAGAGUGGCACCUACGAGUGUGACAGACCUGGCACUGGGCUCAGCCCCCCUGUGACAGUCUUAGAUGGCACCUACCAGUGCAUGGCCACCAACCAGGCAGACGAGCAUCGCGUGUUCCGGGCACUCAGCCCAGAGCUGGUCCUGGAGGUGACACCACGGGAUACAGGGACACACAGGGAUGCAGUGGCUGCAGGGUAUGGUGGGGCCCUUUUGUUCCUGCUCCUGCUCGUGGGUGUCAUUGUGGCCUGGCACCGGUGGCACCGUGUGGCUGCCAGGAAGAAUCAGGAACGGGCCCCCCCAGAUCCCCCGGCCCCCCCAGAGGAGGGGGAGGUGCUGUACACCCACGUCGUGGUCACCAGGAGGGCAGCAGGUGAGUAUGGAGGGGACACACGCAGAGGGACAUGUCACCCACGAAUGUCACUCCACCCAGAUCCCACAGCCCGUGUCUCUCAAAGUGUCCCCCCAUGCCACCACACUCCAGGACCCCCACGUGACCUACGCGGAACUGCGGGGACCCCAGGGGCAACCGCGGGAACCCGGUGA